ACGAAUAGGAGCAGCUAAAUAGCCACGAUGCCCCCCUGCGUUAUUACUCGGUAUCUACCCAACGUUACUCCUGCUAUUGCUAGCUACUAGCUAGCUACAACAGUAGUUAGCUUGUUAGCCUGUUACCUUGUCAUCAAGCUGCCUCUGCAGCCGCGCGCCUACGACUCCGGCGUUCACUCACUGCACGAUGGCGGAGGGAGGCGGACCCGACUCGGGUAACGCGGCAGACGCCGAGACAGAGCCAGUGCCGGCCCAGAUACCUGUACCUUCAACCGAAUGUCAAAAGCAGACCAUCGGGACACUACUGAAAACCACACUCCGAAAGGGAGAUGAGUGGUAUUUGAUUGACAGUCGAUGGUUCAAGCAAUGGAAGAAGUAUGUUGGCUUCGACAGCUGGGAUAUGUACAAUGUUGGCGAACACAGCCUGUAUCCUGGACCAAUAGACAAUUCAGGCCUUUUCUCAGAUUACGACACACAGACAUUAAAGGAACACCUCAUAGAUGAGCUGGACUAUGUCCUGAUGCCCACAGAGGCAUGGACCAAGCUUGUCAGCUGGUAUGGCUGUCUUGAAGGCCAGAAACCCAUCGUCAGAAAGGUAGUAGAGCAUGGCAUGUUUGUUAAGCACUGUAAAGUGGAAGUGUAUCUGUUGGAGCUGAACUUGUGUGAAAAUGACAAUAUGGACAACGUGGUUACACGUCAUUUCAGCAAAGCAGACACAAUUGACACAAUUGAAAAGGAAAUGAGGACACUCUUUGACAUCCCUACGGAAAAGGAGACGCGAUUGUGGAAUAAAUACAUGAGCAACACCUAUGAGCAGUUGAACAAGCCAGACAGCACUGUGCAGGAUGCUGGCCUGUUUCAGGGUCAGGUGCUGGUGAUUGAGCGGAAGAAUGAGGAUGGCACAUGGCCCAGACAGAAUGCCCAUCUCAAGUCUAGUACACCCACAUCCCGAAAUUUCACUACCUCCCCAAAGCUCUCCUCCAACUCGUCUGCAACAAUAUCUUCAACAGUCACCAAUGGAGACAGUUCAUCAGGCUAUAUGCUGAAUAAUAGCACCUCCUCUGGAAACAGGUUGGGAGGGUACAACUCCUACAGCUCAAGCUAUAGCUACAGAGAAUCAGCAUCCCAGCCUGGCCUGUGUGGACUCAGUAACCUAGGCAACACAUGCUUCAUGAAUUCUGCCCUCCAGUGCCUGAGCAAUGCAUCCCCACUCACAGAGUACUUUCUGAAUGACCAGUACGAGGUAGAGAUCAACAGGGAAAAUCCAUUGGGGAUGAGGGGCGAGAUCGCGGAGGCCUACGCUGACCUGGUCAAGCAGAUGUGGCUGAGUCGCAGCAGUUACGUUGCCCCGCGGACAUUUAAAACCCAAGUGGGCCGCUUUGCCCCGCAGUUCUCAGGGUAUCAACAGCAGGACUCCCAGGAGCUGCUGGCUUUCCUGUUGGACGGCCUCCACGAAGACCUAAACCGCGUCAAGAAGAAGCCUUAUCUGAGCUUGAGGGAUGCCGAAGGACGGCCUGAUGAGAUUGUAGCGAAGGAGGCAUGGACAAACCAUCGCCUGAGGAACGACUCGAUCAUCGUAGACAUCUUCCAUGGUCUGUUCAAGUCCACUCUAGUCUGCCCUGAGUGCUCCAAGGUAUCAGUGACAUUUGACCCUUUCUGCUACCUCACCCUGCCCUUGCCCAUGAAGAAGGACCGCACCAUGGAAGUCUUCAUGGUCCGCUCUGAUCCUCAGAGUAAACCCACACAGUACAGAGUGGUGGUGCCUAAGUUGGGUGUAGUGUCAGACCUGUGCAGUGCCCUGGCCAAGCUGUGUGGAGUUCCAGCAGAGAAGAUGGUGGUGGCUGAUGUUUACAAUCAUCGGUUUCACAAGAUCUACCGGCGAGAGGAUGGCCUCAACCAUAUCAUGGAAAAAGACGACAUAUUUGUGUAUGAGGUGCAAGAGGAGGACAGUGAAAAGAUGAAUCUGCCUGUGUACUUCCGCGAGCGCCACUACAAGCAAGGUGGUGGCUACUCCUCGGGCACCAUGCUAUUUGGCCAGCCCCUGCUCAUCACUGUCCCCCGCAACAACCUUUCCAUAGACACCCUCUAUCAGAAGGUUCUGGAACGAAUUGGGCGUUAUGUGAAGCGCUCCCAGGUGUCCGUCGCUGAGAACCGGCCGCUAGCCUCAGCCACAGCCUCGAGCAGCUGCAGCAGCCAGGCGACAGACUGCGCAGCCUCAUCCAAUCACAACGACGCGUAUGCAAGCCCUUCGUCAGAGGGGGCGUCGUGGAGCGCAGGCUCCAGCAAUGGACUCAGCAGCCACUCGGACACCUAUAAAGGCCGCAAUGGCACCUGCGACGGUGAAGAUGAGGAGGCCAUGGACCACCAGGUCAGCCCCGAGCCGGAGAACAGUCAGACAGAGACGGUGGACGGAGAGGAGGAGGGCUCAGAGCAGGAAAACGAGGCCAACGGGAAUGCAGAGAAGAAGCCUGGGGCGGUGCACGGCCGCCUCUUCUCCUUCAGUAUGGUGAACUCGUAUGGCACAGCCAACAUCAGCCCCCUGCCAUGUGACGGAAACAUCCUCAAACUAACAACGCAUUCCACAGUGGCUAUUGACUGGGAUUCAGACAUUAAGAAGACGUGUUAUGAUGACCAAGAGGCAGAAGCCUAUGAGAAGCAUGAGAGUAUGGUGCAGCCGCAGAAGAAGAAGUCUACCAUAGCGCUGAGGGAGUGCAUUGAGCUCUUCACUACCAUGGAGACGCUAGGAGAGCACGACCCCUGGUAUUGCCCAGCGUGUAAAAAGCACCAGCAGGCCACCAAGAAGUUUGAUCUGUGGUCACUGCCUCGUCUCUUAGUGGUGCAUCUUAAGCGCUUCUCCUAUAAUCGCUGUUGGAGAGACAAGUUGGACACUGUGGUAGACUUCCCAAUCAGGGACUUGAACAUGUCAGAGUUUGUGUGCGAUCCAAAGGCUGAGCCCUAUGUUUAUGAUCUGAUCGCUGUCUCUAACCACUACGGAGGCAUGGGGGGAGGCCACUACACGGCCUAUGGGAAAAACAAAGUUGAUGGAAAGUGGUAUUACUUCGAUGACAGCAGUGUAUCAUCCGCCUCCGAAGAUCAGAUUGUGACAAAGGCAGCCUAUGUGCUAUUCUACCAACGCAGAGACAAUGACAGCCCCUCCAAGUCAACGGCAUCUGCUUCCCUGGGGGGAGCGCCUGAAACCCCUGAUGACACCAUGGACACCAACUGAACAUCGCUGAGGUUUCGGGACAAGCGCUGAAGCAAAAGCCUGAUAAACAUUACAGCAAAACAAAUGAAAAUCAAGAUGUGACCGAUCAACGCACCCCCAGAGGCCACUUCAGACGUUUUCUUUUUAAGACUUAAAUAUAUAGGCCCCUGUCAUCUUGCUCUUAUUUUUAACCGUCUCUCACUUGCAUCACCACCAAGAGCCUGCGACAGCCAAAAGAAAAAAAAUAAUAAUAAUUUGAUAUGUGGCCUCAAAGACUUUUCUCUCUAGAGCUUGCUGCCUGCUCUCAGGAGAGCAUAGUUUAACAAAUUGCAAAAGAAUAAGGAGAAAAUGAAAAAUGGGUGAAUGAAAUGGCAAUGCAAACUUUGUCUGGACAAAAGGAAUGUUUUAGAAGUUGCCUAAAAUGAAUAGAUACAUUCUGUCACCCAAUAGGGAAAAAAGAAAAAAAUAAUAAUAAAGAAGCCAAAUGCAAAUGUUGUCUCAACCAAAGCAUUGCAAGUUGUACAUGUGGAAGAGGUAAAGUGAGGAGAUCUGGAAGGAGUGGCUUGUGAGUCUCCGUGUAUAACCAGAGAUGACAUUUAUGCAAAAGUGAUCAAUAUUUCCAAAUGAAAUGUGCACUGGCUAAAUCCCGUUGAACCCCACCAGACUGCACUCUUAAUACAUAGUGCUUCCUCUGGAAGACUGGACUCUUUUUGGGAUUGUGCACCUAGAGUGUACUGGUCAGCCCACCCCAUGUCCACUGAUCAGGGCCACCUUACUCCAGAGAAAUUGGAUUGCUGAUAAGUUUCAUUUUUCUCUCUCUCCACGGCUUGACGUUUUCAUCUUCACAUUUCUGCCAUGCUUAAAAACAUGCUUUUUAAUCUGCCUAGCCCUGACCCUGUCUUAGGUCAGUCAAAGCAUGCUGUUUGGGUUGAUGCUGCCCUGUCAUGCUACCUUGCAAUGAGGUUUAGUGUACCGCUGAACAACAGAAACGUGCUGCUCUGUCUCCGAAACGUAAUGCACCAGCGGCCUUUGAAGCCCCAUAAGCCUGUUAAAGAGGGCGGGGCAUGUGUGAGUGCUCUUAGCUUUUAUUUUAAGAUGGGAAUAAGUCUGCUUUUUGUCUUACGUGGAAUUUAUGAAUGAGUGAAUUUUGGUUUUUCAGUUCAGUUUACUUUUACUUUUCUUGACCUUCGAAAGAAAACAGAAAAUCACCUAUCUCUUUCAAAAUGUGACUUGACACUCAGUGGUGAAAUAAAAUUAUGUUAAUACAACAUUUAGAUUGCAUCCUAAUGGAAAUACAUUUUAUUUAAUUGAAAGUCAAUGAGGUGAUUUAAGUGGUGCUAAAUUAAUGAGACUUGAAAAAGACUUUUUUUUUUUUUUUAGACCAAGUAGAGGUUUUACAGCAGACUCCCCCUAAAUAGGGAGUGCUUGUGUAUUUUCCCUCAAAGUGCACAUAGUGCGAUAUAUUUUAGUUGCACUUCCUAGACCUGCUUCUUAAGUCAGAGAUUGUCUGGAGAAAAUUCUCAAUAAUUUUCACCGCUGUUAUUUAUUAGUAUUACAAAUGUAGUCAUGAAAAAUCUGUAAAUCAAGAAAAAGCCUAUUUCUCUUUUUGAUUUAGGGGCAACUCAGACUUUGGAGGAGCACAUUUAUUGAAUUGGUGAAAUGUACAUUUCUGACUGUCACAGUGAUCAGUAAUUAAGCUGAAAAUAUGUGAUUCAGAACUCACAGUAGCCAAUGCCAUCAUUAUUGAGUUUUUGGAGAUCAGUUCCUGCCUUUUCACUUGCAUUGUGCUUUCUUUUACUUUUUUUCGAUUUACAAUGAAAAUGCAAAAGUUUCUGGUCAGUUCCACUGUGAAAGCCCUGCCCAGACAUGACAUAACUAUAUCAAUAUUUCUGUUGAAGAGAAAAAGCUUUACAUCUUAUAAAUACAUGCCCAUAGCAACUUAAACAGUGGUAGACCCAAUAGCCAAGGCAAAAGCCAUUUGUUUAAAACAGAUUCUUUUCUCUAUUACCUCUACAAUAUCAACACUUUACAUAUGUGUUUUCUUGUCCAAUUACAUAGAUGUACAUAAUUAUACUCUAUUUCCAAAAUAGGUACAUAACUACUUUGUGUUCUGAUAUUUAUCUUAUUGCCAAUAUCUGCAAUAUCAGAUUUUGAUGAAAAUGAUUUGAAAGUUCAAUAAAGGAUGGAAGCCUGA